AUGUACAAACUGUACAGAUGCAGAUUUGUCGCUGGCAUCUUGUUGUACCUAUCAGGAGCAUGUUUGGCACAGUCGCUCAGUAACUGCCCUACGGAACUUCGGCGCCUCGGCGAUAGUGAGGACCGCCUGGUCUACAACUCGACACGCACACUGUCCUACAAAUUCAAAGGACAAUCGAGACCGUGGUAUAUAACUGCCGCUGUCACGGACGUGCGCCCCCCAAACGGCGAGUUCAUAAAUGGUGCAAACUCUGGGCAAGACUCACGUCAAGAGCUCAGUGUCUUUGUUAGCGUUCCGCGAGGAUAUGGUACAAGCCGAGAUGGAAGAGACAUCCGGGUCUGCUCGCAUAUGAUGGCAAGUAUCAACAAAACCACCGACAAUGCAGAUAAUGCGGAAUACUCGUGCAGAGGGGUCAUAAGCGAGAAAUGUAUCGAGGAAUAUGAGAAUGCAACCCUAUCUGUCCCUGCGCUCGGCCAAGAAUGCCCGGAUUUUACCUCACUGAGACCAAACUUGAGCGAGGAAUGUACGAAUCAGGUAUUUGCCGGCAAUGAGAUUGUGCGGAACUUUUCCGCGACGCGCUGUUCACUCAACGAGAUGCCGCAUCUCAACCUUCCAGCUAAUUACACGACCUUUAGUGGGGUUUGGGCAGGCUUUGAUGGUGAUCACAAUGGUGAGGAUUUCGACCAUUACGAUAGAAGAGUUCAGGAAACUAUUCCUGUGUUAAUGUCGGUAGCAAAGGGUAAUGAUAGCAGUGAAAGCAAGCUGCUGUGUAUUGUCCCUAAUCAGGUUGUUGCGGGUAGUCGGAAACCUGAAUCAAAACUGGAAGAUGAAGAAGAUGAGAACUUGGCGUCGCAAGUUAGAGGUUUAGGGGCUGUUUUCCUUAGUGUUGGUGUUGUUAUGAUCUUCAGUCUUCUAUAA